GUCCCUCCAUUUUGGUUUGUUUUAAAAGUUCGUUAGAAGUUUACGUUUAUUGUAACAGUUUUCAAAGUUUUUAUUUAUAAUUAACACAAUUGUGGCUAGUAAACUAAGCCAUAAUGUCGAAUAAAAUUGGCGUUAACGUGGAUGAUUUCUUAAAGAUAGAAAAGAUAGGCGAGGGAACGUAUGGGGUGGUAUACAAGGGUAAGAACAAGAAGACCGGUGAGCUUGUUGCAAUGAAGAAAAUCAGAUUGGAAUCUGAAGACGAAGGCAUACCGUCUACCGCAAUAAGAGAGAUCUCGUUACUGAAAGAACUGCGUCAUCCACAUAUCGUAUCGCUGGAGGAUGUCAUGAUGGAGGAGAACAGAUUGUACUUAAUAUUUGAAUUCCUUUCGAUGGAUCUGAAAAAGUAUUUAGACAAAAUAGAACAGGGUAAGGUCAUGGACCCCAGGCUCGUCAAGAGCUAUCUCUACCAAAUCAACGAAGCAAUACUAUUCUGCCAUCAACGCAGAGUUCUGCACAGGGACUUGAAGCCGCAGAAUUUGCUCAUCACCAGAGACGGAGUUAUUAAGGUCGCCGAUUUUGGUUUGGGGCGUGCGUUUGGUGUCCCCGUCAGAGUCUACACUCACGAAGUGGUGACUUUGUGGUACAGGGCCCCGGAAGUGCUCUUGGGCUCGGCGAGGUACUCUUGCCCCAUCGAUAUCUGGUCGUUGGGGUGUAUUUUCGCGGAAAUGGCCACCAAACGGCCGUUGUUCCAGGGCGACUCCGAAAUCGAUCAACUAUUUAGAAUAUUUAGGGUUUUGAAGACGCCGAACGAGGAAAUAUGGCCAGGCGUAUCGUCUCUCCCGGAUUACAAAGCGACUUUCCCGAACUGGACCAAUUACAACCUGGCGGGGCAGAUAAAACAUUUGAACGAAGACGGCGUCGAUCUGCUGAAGCACAUGUUGAUCUACAAUCCCGCAAAACGUAUCUCCGCCAAGCGUAUCGCUUCUCAUCCCUAUUUUAACGACGUCGAUUUGACGUUCAAGCCCGUGAUCCGCGACGAGCAGAAAUCGUCGCGUUCCGAUGAGCUCUAGUGAUAUUCACCGAGGCGCGUUCGAGAUUGUAUAUUUAUUUCGCUAAGAUUUAAGUUUGUUACGAGGGAUCAAUCGGUUAUUUUUAUAUACUUCAUAUAUUUCGGACUGUCUAUAUUAGUCAGUAUAUUUAUUUCUACCUUUUGAUUUCUAUCUUGUAUUUUUUAAUUUAGAUUUUCAUAUUUUUGU